UUUAUUGCGACGAUUACAAUAGUUCAUUUUUUCGUACUCUUUACAUUGGUUAGCAAGCAUGAAUUUCUUAUUCAUUUUACUUUUAUUUGGAUUUUUCACGGCUCAUCAAGCUGCUCGAUUGCGCAGCUUAAAUGGCAUACGAGUUAACGAAACCACAGAAUUUCCUUACCAAGCAUCGUUCCAACUUAACCGAACGCAUUUCUGUGGUGCUGUUUUGAUUUCUGACCGGCAUGCAUUAACGGCGGCCCAUUGCGUCCAACCGAUCGUCGACGAAGGAAAGUCCGACUUUGCUCUAUCGAUCGAAGUCGGCGAGAAAAUCCUUGGUUCUGGUCAGUCUUACGCCGUUGAACGCAUAUCUUAUCACAAGGACUUUGUGAGAAAUUCUGAUCCAAUUUUUAUGCCCAACGAUAUCGCCGUCAUUCGUCUAGCUAAAAGGGUCGAGCUUUCCAAAAAAGUCCUGCCGAUUGAUUUACCCGGGCCAAACGAUGAAACCCCAGAAAAUGCCACGAUAAUAACCAGUGGAUAUGGCAGCGCAAAGCGUAUCCAAGGCUUUCUCUCGCCGAUGUUGAGAAAAACCAAGUCCUUUGCUUUGGACAGCGAGGAGUGCUGCAAAAGUAGGCGUCAUCAAAUCUGCGACCUCACGAUUAAUCACAUAUGUGGCCGAGUGAACCGCACGCGUGGCACCUGCGUCGGUGACAGCGGUGGACCUGCAGCGAGUGGAGACAGAUCUGUGCUGAUCGGAAUAAUCAGCGGGUCAGGAACUUGGUGCGGCAACGGACUUCCGGACAUUUACACCAAAGUUUCCCAUUAUAUUCCUUACAUUAGGGGCGAACUUUAUCGAGAGGACAAGAGCAUACAUCCUCACGUGAUCAUUGCACCCGAGAAGAUCGAGCUUCUAGAGAAGGUCCCUCGCUGGUACACGAGAGAGCGAAUAUUAAGAUAUUUCGCCUUGAAUUUGAUACAAGAGAGCAUCGAAACGGAAAUUAUCAAUGCCCCUAAUUCGCCAAUAAAUCCUGAUAGAAUGAAAAAAAUGUUCGAACUGGGUUUAAAAGUUCAGUCAUUCUUCGAUUGGAUGGAUAAGGUCAUUGCUAACAAGCAUAAAGCGUGAAAGUAUUUUAU